UUCUCAGCCACCAUUGCUAACGACUGCAAGAUCGUCAAGACUCGCCAUGGCCACCUUCUCCUCCUCGCCCAUUGUUAUUGAUGGCAAGGGCCAUCUUCUGGGUCGUCUCGCUUCAAUCGUCGCGAAGCAAAUCCUGAACGGCCAGAAGAUUGUGGUUGUGCGGUGUGAGGAGAUAAAUAUCUCGGGCAGCUUCUUCCGUAACAAGCUGCGGUACCAUAAUUUCUUGCACAAGCGCCACAUUGUGAACCCGAAGAAGUCUGGCCCUUUCCAUCACCGUGCCCCCUCCAAGAUUCUCUACCGGGCCAUCCGUGGUAUGGUUCCGCAUAAGACCGCCCGCGGCACGGCAGCCCUUGAACGCCUCAAGUUGUUCGAGGGUGUUCCUCCUCCUUACGAUCGCAAGAAGCGAAUGGUGGUUCCUGAGGCUCUGAGAGUCUUGCGGUUGAAGCCUGGUCGCAAGUACUGCACAGUCAAGCGUCUGUCUCAUGAGGUUGGUUGGGGCUACAAGGAUGUGGUGGACCGUCUGGAGGAGAAGAGGAAGGUUAAGGCCCAGGCCUUCCAUGAACGCAAGCUGGCAACUAUCAAGCUGCGUCAAAAAGCCAUUGCCGACACAGCAUCGUCCUUCGAGAACCUUACACAGCUCGGCUACUAGAUGGUCUAAUUGCAUGGCUUGUUGCAUGCUCUAUUCGCGAUCCACUGUGACCAGAUGCCACGAGGUAUUUCAUGUAAACCACGUACUCUUUAUGCCUGUUCCGUGGAUGUGUUACCAGG